ACAGGGUGAAGACACUGCUGCUCAACAGCCAGAGGAUCACUGGGUGUCACUGCUCUCUAGCUGGAGGUGUAUACACAUAUGUGAAGACAAUAACAAACUGAUGCAGAGCACUGCUGUCGACACACGCCACACUUCAUGUAUGUUUUCCUUAUAUAAGCAAGUGCACAUUACCACAACUUCUGUAAAUGGUUUUCUGCUCUCGUGCCACUGUGCACCACACACGGCUCAUCACUGGGUCUGCUUAUUAAGGAAGCUAAAACAGACAUAAGAUGUAGGAACAGCACGCCCACUGACUAACAGGAGGCCAGCUCUGCAACAUUUACCAGAAACCUCCAGUCCAAUGACAAGCAGGAACUUAGAGCGGAACUUUGUGUCAAGUUGCUAAGUGCCGUUUUCCCCCUCGUCUCUCAGCGUCUGCUGUUGCUGUGCCCAUGGAUGACCUCAUCAGAGCUUCUGUCAGUGAGCAGAUGGAGAACACAGCGCACACUCCUCCAGCAGACAACACCUCCUGCUCCUCCUCUUCUCUCUACCUCUGCCCCACGGCUGCCACUCUCUUCUUCCUCCCUGCCGUCUACACACUCCUCUUCCUCACCGCUCUCCCGGGCAAUGCGCUGUCUUUAUGGGUGUUCCUGCGGUAUAUCUCUAUCAUCACCCCCACCCACGUUUAUCUGUCCCACCUGAGCGUCUCCAACCUGUUGCUGUCGCUCACCACACCCUUCCUUGCGGCCUACUACAUCUGGGGUUCUGUCUGGACAACGGGUGGCGUGCUGUGUCAGCUGGUCCUGCACGGCAUCACCCCAGUUCUCCACAUUAACAUCUACAUAAGCCUCAUGAUCCUCACCUGGGUGGCACUCAGCCGUUUCGCAGCCCUCAUCCAGCACACCCACGCCUCCAGGCCAAGCACUUGCACAACCCUGCUCCCUCGAGCCUUCUUCACCCUUCUUACCAAGGCGCCUUUUGCCAGCAGGGUGUGUACCAUAAUGUGGGUGGUGGCAGUGGGGGGCAUCGUGCCAGUGACCGUUUAUUACUCAGUGCAGGAAGCCGGCGGGGAUGGAGGGUGUGUGAAGGUGUGCUACAACCCUGCGGUGGAAAUAGGAGGCCAGCUCUCUGCAACGUUCGUAGUGCUUCCUAUAACCACUUUCUUUGUGCUUUACCUGCUGGUGCUGCUGUCCUACAUGACAGUGCUGAGACACAUCAGACGCUCCCGCCGCAGCACAAGCAUCACCACAUCCCAAAGCCUGCUGAGCAGCGUGUUCCGUAACAUUGUGGUGAUCCAGAUUGUUCUUUCAGUUUGUCUGCUGCCACACCAUCUCUUCAAACCCAUCUUCAUUUCUCUGGCCCAUUAUCAACGUCAGCUGACAAGUUCACCUGACUCCACCAACUGCCAUCCUCUCUCCACCCUUGUCGAGCUGAAGAACUGUCUGCUUCUAUUGGCUGCACUGAGAGGUUCAACUGACCCUGUCAUGUAUUUCCUGUUAGACCAGACCUUUCGCCACCAGACCCUUGCUCUUUUAGGAUGCAAGCGGAAUAACUCUGGAGGCAGAGCAGCGUACCGGUCAGUCACAGGCAGUGCCAGUCAAAAGGCUGGACAGUCGGUGGAGGGACAUGUGGCUGAUGCUCCUGGGAAUCUAAGUCAUGACCGUGGUUUGUAGCUACUCAAAGAUGCUUGGUGUUUAAAAUUAAAUGCAUGUGUGUCAAGACGUGGGCAGCUCAGACAAAAUUAUGCUAGUAAGUCAGAGUACUGUUACUCAAAUAGAAGUAAAUAUAGCUGUUGAGUUGCCAAACAAAAGCAUCUACAGAAACAAAUGCCAUUGUUUCAACCAUAAAUGGUAAAGAAGUGAACAUCCGUCUGUACUUAUAGUUGGUUGGUGAUGAUGUCAUCUAUUGGUCAGGUAAUCUAAUACACUGUAAACACACCAGGAUGUCUCAUUAAUACUAUACUAGGUACACCAAUAAGUCAAUCUCUUUAGAUUGUGUCUUUCCUUGUUGCCUCCUGUAUGAUUUGGCAAAUAAAUCAGCACAUCCAACAUGCAUGGCCCAGUUCUACUGCGCUAUGUCAGAAUGUAAAUAUGAGUGUGACAUGAUGAUGCCCAUAAAUGGCCAGUGGGGACCACAAGUCCCAGCUUCCACCCACAUGUAUCGUCUGUUAGAUAAAUCUGGAGUUGCUUCGUUUGGAGAAACAGCCGGUGGAGAUAAUUUCCCCACGCAAGCCAAUAAACCAUUGUGGAAGAAGGGAUCACAACAAGAUGAUGUAAACUAAAGGAGCACAAGUCAAUUCUCAAACAGUAGGAAAAACAUAUAAAUAGGGUGUAAACAUGGUGUUUGUUUGUUAAUCUGAGGAAUGCUACAGUCUCCUCAUGGCUCCAGACAGAUCUCUUUAUCAUUGCUUUACUCACAUGCUUCAUGUAUGCCACACUUCAUUACUGAAUUCUGUUCCCAUUGUCUUCAUUGAUACACCAACGUUUCUACCAAUUGUAAAAACCUUUUCAGGUU